AUGGACCUGCGCGUCGCUGCCCCCGCCUCCGUGGCCGCCGCCGCGCGCCGGGGCGUGCUCGGAGUCGGAUGCGCGGGCGUCCGGCCGCCCCAAGGCCGCCGCCAGUGCCGCCCAUCGGUGCGCGUGUCCGUCGCGACCACGGAGUCCUCCGCCGCCGCGGCCGCCGUAGCCGCCUCGGCGGCCGAGGAUGAGGAGACGACGAACCCGAGGACGGUGGUGGCGGUCAUCCUCGGCGGCGGCGCCGGGACGAGGCUCUUCCCUCUCACCAAGCGCAGGGCCAAGCCCGCCGUGCCGAUAGGCGGCGCGUACAGGCUCAUCGAUGUGCCCAUGAGCAACUGCAUCAACAGCGGGAUCAACAAGGUGUACGUCCUCACCCAGUUCAACUCCGCCUCCCUCAACCGCCACCUCUCCAGGGCCUACAACUUCAGCAAUGGCGUCGGCUUCGGAGACGGUUUCGUCGAGGUUCUAGCAGCAACUCAGAGGGCUGGAUCGGAGGGAAAGAUGUGGUUUCAGGGUACCGCCGACGCGGUUCGGCAAUUCGCUUGGCUUUUCGAUGAUGCCAAAUCUAAAGACAUAGAGGAUGUGCUGAUUCUUUCUGGCGAUCACCUCUACCGUAUGGACUACAUGGACUUUGUUCAGAGUCAUCGGCAGAGAAACGCGGGCAUCAGCAUCUGUUGCUUGCCUAUUGAUGGCAGCCGGGCGUCUGAUUUUGGUCUAAUGAAGAUAGACGGCACAGGAAGAGUUAUUUCAUUUAGUGAAAAACCGAGAGGAGCUGAUUUAAAAGCAAUGCAAGUUGACACCACUCUCCUCGGCUUACCGAAGGAGGAAGCAGAAAAGAAACCAUACAUAGCUUCAAUGGGGGUAUACAUAUUCAAGAAAGAGAUACUUCUAAAUCUUUUGAGAUGGCGUUUUCCUACUGCAAAUGAUUUUGGGUCUGAAAUAAUUCCAGCUGCAGCAAGAGAGAUUAAUGUAAAGGCAUAUCUUUUCAAUGAUUACUGGGAAGAUAUUGGAACUAUCAAAUCCUUCUUUGAAGCAAAUCUUGCCCUUGCUGAACAGCCUUCAAAGUUCAGCUUCUAUGAUGCUAGCAAACCGAUGUACACAUCACGCAGAAACCUACCACCAUCUAUGAUCAGCACUAGUAAGAUCACUGAUUCGAUCAUUUCCCAUGGAUGUUUCUUGGAUAAAUGCAGGGUAGAGCACAGUGUCGUUGGAAUCCGUUCUCGAAUAGGCUCCAACGUACACCUCAAGGAUACGGUAAUGCUCGGUGCUGAUUUCUAUGAAACUGACAUGGAAAGAGGCGACCAGCUGGCCGAAGGAAAGGUUCCGAUUGGGAUCGGGGAGAACACUUCGAUUCAAAACUGCAUCAUUGAUAAGAAUGCGAGGAUAGGGAAGAAUGUGACCAUUGCUAAUGCCGAGGGUGUACAGGAAGGAGACAGGGCGUCAGAAGGCUUCCACAUCCGGUCCGGCAUCACGGUUGUGCUGAAGAACUCAGUGAUUGAGGAUGGAUUAGUCAUAUGA